AUGGAAUCCAACCCAGCGGAUGCCGAUGAAAAGUUGCGAACGGCCUUUCUUCUCGACGCCCAGAACAAGGCUGCCAAGCUGUUCGAGGAGAUUGAACGAGAUCUCAUCCGGCCCGGAAUUUACGAAAAGACGCUGAGCGAUGAGAUCCACGAGCUGGGGGAGAAGCGGCACGGCGUGAGGACGCACUGGCACAAACGUGUCGUCCGGAGCGGACCCAACACGCUGCGCCCGUUCGAGGACAAACCCCCGGACCGGAUGAUCGAGUCGGACGACAUUCUCGUCGUCGACCUAGGCCCCGUCUUCGAGGCGUGGGAGGCCGACUUUGGCCGGACCUACGUUCUCGGCAACGAUCCGAAGAAGACGAAGCUGCGCGACGCGCUCGAGCCGCUGUGGAAGACGGUCAAGGCGCGCUUCGACGAGAAUCCAGACAUGACGGGCGAGGAGCUCUACGACAUUGCCUGCGACGAGGUUCGGAAGGAUGGGUGGGAAUUCGGGGCUCCGAUCGCCGGCCACAUUGUCGGAUCGUUCCCGCACGAGCGGAUCCCCCGCGACAAGAUAACGCUCUACAUCGCCAAGGGAAGCGACAAAUCGAUGAACUGCCUCGGCAAGGAUGGCAGCAAGAGACACUGGAUCCUCGAAAUUCACAUCCGAGACGCCGAAAACCAGCUCCAGGGCUUUUACGAGCAACUUCUUGUCUGA